AUGGAUGCCAAGAACCCCAAUAUCCAGCCAACGGCAUGUUCUCCUGCCCGUGGCCACGAGCAGGUCUUACCCAUGCUAGGUAAACCAGCUGCUUGGGAUUCCGCCGCCAUUACAACUACUUCGACUACUUCUGGCGGUACAAUCUUUAAUAAUUAUAAUCAUCCUCAUCAUCAUCACCAACAGCAACAACCUCAAUUUCUCCAUCACCAUCCUCCUGCCGUCUCAUCGGCUUUGACAACUACUGUUCCUGCUAUCGCUCCCUCGUCGUCCUCCUUAUCACACAACACCGACGAAUCUGCAGCUGCAGCACCGCGCUCCGCCGACUCGGAUUCGAAAAAUCGUCAAGAUGUAGGCAAGGGCGCCCCAUCGAAGCUUCGCAAGACUCGCAAAACCACCAAUGCGUCCAAUGGCCGGUCAACGUUGUUCUGGGUCCAUACCGAUCCGCAGUCGGUCUCAGAAGGAACGCGAGAAGAGACUCUGAAACGUAUUCGCUCCCAUGUGAUGUCAGAGCACAAUCGCAAGAAGAGAUUGGAGAACACUAAGCGUUACAAGAGCAAGACCUGGAAGCAUCUUGCGUUUCAGCCCGUUGAGACCACCAGCUCCAAUUCCUCCAGCACAACCGCGGCGUCAGCGGCUGCCCCGAGUUCGGCCUCGUCGUCUUCGGCAUUCGAACACAAUACUUCCUCCUCUUCACCCACCAUCUCCUCUACACAGCAUCACCAACAGGCCAAACAGGAACACGAUCAAGGUCAGCCGCAGAUCAAAGAAGAGGAGGGACAGUUUGAGCUUGUUGUCACGAAGAGGAUCGGCAACGUCGACAGCUACAGCGUCAGUGCACCUUCGCAGACUCAAACAGUUGGUCGUGUACAAUCAAGGUCCUCUCCCCCAUGGGAUGGAUUAGGCCAAGGAGGGAAAGAUCCCUUCAAUACUUUGCAUACGCCUCUCUCGGACAGGAUGUACCGACAUCUGCAACACUUUUUGUGCAAUUUGACCCGAUUGGCGUAUCCGUUGCAGCGACGAUUUGCGCCGCGGUUACAGGCUCAUUGGGCGGCCCUGGUCCAGCAUGAUCCGGCUUCGUUACAUGCCUGUAUCUGCGUCGCUGCAUCUAAUGCCGCCUUGGAGUCCGGGGAGUUUCCACUGGUUGACCCCGCCAAAGCGCGGACGAGCCCGUUGAUUUUGGACACCUUCCACCAUCGUGGAGAGACGAUCCGUUUGGUCAACGAGAGCUUAUCGGACCCGCUUAAAGCCUCUAGCGAUGAACUCAUUGCUGCGGUGUCGAUCCUACUCACGAUCGAGAUUGCGUCGGGAAAUCCGGAUUACUUGAAAAUUCAUCUGGCGGGGCUAAGACAGAUGGUUGCUAUGAGAAAUAGCUUUGCUGAUGUGCCACCGGAUGUCCGCUUUCAAAUAUCAUGGACCGACAUUCGAGUGGCGUGCAUGGCCUUCACAAAGCCGAUCUUCCCUUUCGUCCGCUACGCUCGUCCCUCUGGGCUUACGCUUAUACCGCCUAGUAAAGAUCAUGCUAGGACUGCAUCGUGUUUGAUUCAGUUGAUUGAGAUACCCGGCGUCUUUGGUGAUGCCAUGUCCAAGGCGAUAUACGACCUGACUGAACUUAUUUGGUAUGCGGAGUGGAUCAAGGGCGAUCCAAAGUCGUCGCAGAGCUUUGACGACGAAACGGAGGAUUACUUCAAUACAGAAGUGCUCUACGUCGAGUAUGCCCUGCACACUGACCGAUACACGGCGACCGGUGAAGCAAAGGGGGACGCAACGAUUGAGGGUUGCGUCCGGCUGGCGUGCUUGCUGUUCCACAACAGUACCAUAUGGGAAUUCUACCCGGCGAUGGGUCCGGUGUUUUCGAAACCGAUUGUCGGACUUCGAAUCGCACUUGAAACGACGAUCCCGGCCGGAUACUUCAACCUGUGUCGGGAAUUAUUGAUCUGGCUCCUGUUUGUGGGGGCUUGCAGCUCCCGACUCUUGGCCCGCGAGCACACGUUCUUCAUGACUGAAUUGACCACGGCCGUGAGGAACCUGGGAUUCCGCUCCUGGCAGGAACUGCGAGAGCUUCUGCUGGGAUACUUUUACGUGGAUCGCUGCUACCUGACUCCACUGCGCGAGUUGUGGGACGAGAUUCACAUUGAUACCGACGCCAGUCGGUUGAACCUAUGUUAA